AUGGCUCACCAGACAGAAAAGACAAUAUUACUCGCAUUGCUACUAAUGGUAGUACCUGUAGCUGCGUCAGUUGCAGACGCUGAGCAGUCUACAAAUAUGGGAGAACGUGUGGAUUUCAAAGAUUUUUUGAUGUCAAUUUCUAUGAUUGGGCUUUCUGAAAUUGGUGAUAAAACCUUUUUAAUUGCAGCUUUGAUGGCUAUGCGCCAUCCAAGACUUUUGGUGUUUUCAGCAGCUGCCACAUCUCUUGCCAUUAUGACUAUCAUAUCUGGUGUGGUGGGUCACUCAAUCGUGUCCUUUCUUUCUGAACGGUAUACAGCGUUCUUAGCAGGUAUUCUAUUUCUCGUAUUUGGUUACAAGUUGGCUAUGGAAGGCUUGGAGAUGUCUAAGGACGCAGGUGUUGAAGAAGAAAUGGCAGAAGUGGAGGAAGAAAUCGCGGUUAGCGACAUCAACAAGAGCAUGGGCGACAUUGAAAAAGGUGACGAAGCUGGUCAUGAAAAGAAACUAAAUAACACUUCGGGUGGUAAACCUAUUGUACACAGGCUUCGUGAGUUAGCAUUUUACUUAUUUUCACCUGUUUGGUUUCAAAUUUUUAUGAUGAUCUUUUUAGGAGAAUUAGGCGAUCGCUCUCAGAUAAGUAUCAUUGCCAUGGCCACUGAUAAGGAUUAUUGGAUUGUCAUUGCAGGUGCAGUCGUUGGUCAUGCCAUUUGCUCUGGUUUAGCUGUGAUCGGUGGGAAGCUAUUGGCUGCAAGGGUCAGUAUAAGAACCAUCACACUUGCUAGUUCGUUAUUGUUUUUCAUUUUCGCGCUUAUCUAUAUAUAUCAAGCAUUCACAACCCAGGAUUGA